AUGCAUAUCCCAGCAACGUUUCGGCCCCAUUACUCCCGCUCAAAGAAAAUCAACUCAAACUCUUCAGCAAAUGACUCUCAAAGUCUUGCUGCUGAAAGAGCAGCUACUUCAAGAGCAACAACAGCAGCAGCAGCCACUACUUUAUCAUCAUCAUCAUCAUCAUCAUCUCCAACAACAACUACCACUACUACAAAAACCUCCGAAACAGACUUUAAAAAUGGGUCCUUGCUGCUAUCCCCAGAACUUGCAAACAAAACGUCUGGUAAAGAUGAUUUGCACUCUCGACAUCCAUCAUCAAAACUCGCGUCAAGACCAGUCUCUUCAAUAUCCACCAACGGGAAACCUCCUAUGAACCCAUCUCCAUUGCGUCAAAUUAAUAUCCAUUCAGCAUCAUCACCAACAACAACAACAACAACAACAACAACAGACGCCGAAAUACCCCCUUCAUUGUCAUCACCUUCUUCAUCUUCUUCACUCGGUACUACCCCCAUGGCAGUUGGUACCCAGUUGCUUUCCACCUCGUCACCACCACGAAGCACAAAAACAGGAGAAACAACCUUAAAUACAACAACAUCUUCAUCCUCUGCAUCUUCAACACCGCCACUCCCCUCUUCAUCUUCUUUUCAAAUGGCCUCUUCAUCAUCGCCACCUUUGAGUCCUUCUUUACCAUCUAAUGAGUCUCAACUUAUGAAAUCAAAGCAGGCAGCAAGGUUUGCCAAUUUACUUCUAAACUUUAAACUUGCGUCGGAUCUCACAAAUAAACCCCCCGAUGUCCGACACACAACAAGUGCCGGGACCUCGGCUUUCCAUGGACGCCCACCUGCAGUCGAUAUGCAACUUUUCCACAAGCCGCAGAUUAAUGAACGCGCUCUUGGCCCACAACAUAACUAUCAGUCAAACUUUGAACGUGUCAUUGUGACUACACCUCCCCAAGGUUACUUUGAUCCCUUAUCAGAUCUUCCUACAAAUGAUAAUAUCGCCCAACGCAUAGCAACCGAACAUAUUUUUCUUCCAACCCUCGGGACUUCCCAAUCUAAACCAGGCUCAGAAUUCCAAAUACAACCCCAACCUGGGGCUAUUGGUGGUGGCUUUGGACCUAGCAUCACCACCACCACCACUACCACUACCACCCCUGCAUCUACAAAUAAUUUCAACAAUAAUAUUUUUCUUACUAAUACCAAUCAAAUACCCCAAGAUUUCAGUUCCCUCGAGGAUUCUGUUUCUCAUCAACCUGUCAUUUACGUUUCUCCUGAAACCCUUUUGCGUGCCCAAAAGGCAAAAGCCAUAUUCGAACUAAAAUAUGACCUCAUUUAUAGCUUUCAAGGGUCAACUGUUUGGCUGGGUCAAGGUGUAGACAUCCCCCGCACUGAUAAAGGACUGCCAAUAUUUACACAGUACAACCCCCUGCAAACCAUCCGUAAUAGAAGAUAUAGACCACGCUUCACAGCCGGUGCAAAUGCUUACAACAAUGACAGCUAUCCUUUCGAUUCAGCCAUCCCCUCUGAAGGCAACCGUUCCGGUGGCAGCAGCCAUGGCUCUAUUUCUCACUUAUACCACAAGAGUGGCUCCCAAGGCCGUAAAACCAACCCAGACUUUUCCAUGGCUACCUUUUUUUGGAAUAUUGAUGUUUACGAAUUAUUUUCUGACUUGAACUGGCGUGUUGUCCAAUACAGUCUCAUGCGCGACAGAUUUGGCCGCCAUGUGUUCCCCAGCAGCGAGCCUGAUGUGCCAGAUAAUUCCAUAUAUGGAAAUGGCACUUCUAGAAUAGAUUAUGUUGGUGAUCAACCCAAACUUAGCCAAAUGGCAUCCGCAGCAGAAGAUCUUGCCUUUGAGUCUUCCUUAACUAAGCUCGGUGACGAUCUCGAAACACGUACAAACUCUUUAGCAGUACCCCCUCCUGUCGCUCCAGCUACUGCUUCUCAUCAUCUUAUUCAUCAUCAUCACCAUUACAGCUACCAUCCAAGUACCAGUAGCAGUAGCAACCACCAUUUACCCUUACACAAACCCGUGCUUUCUAAAAUCCAGGAUAAGCUACGGCAAAACUUUUCCAGUAAUAGUAGUCCUGCUCUCAGUAAUACCACCACCACCACAACCACCAAUACCACUCCACAAAAUAAUGAAGGCACUGGACUUAAUGGCUCCAAGGCAUCUGAAGUUCACAAUAAACAAGAAAGAAUACCUACUAUUCCUAUUAUCCCCGUUGGUAUCACCAAUGUCCCUGCAUCUGCCUCUGCUGGAACAGAGGUUGCUCUUAUUACAGCAUCUACUACUGCAGCCUCAGUUGCACUUAGUACUGCAACUGCUCUUGCAAAUCCAUCAGCAGCAGUAACAACAACACCUACAACAAUACCUACAGAAGCCACCGCUCCACCAAGACCUUCUCGGGGAACUACACCUAUAAUAAUAUCUGAUUCCGUUUCGCAUCUUCGAGGUAAAAACGUUACUCCUGAAGUCUCAGAAGUUGCUGGCAUCUCGCCAUUACUGUCCAAGAAACUUCCUCAACAGAGUUCAUCACCAAAUCUCGGCCAACACAUGACGGCAGCUGCUGCAGCAGCAAAUAUCCCCAAAAACCCGUCCAAACUUAGCAAUAAUACACUAGCAACAGAAGAAAUUAAACGACGCCACUCCAUGUUUCCUGGAAACUCGGAUGCUAUUUUCCCUGAACAGCUCAAAACUCCUAAAGACAUACACAUUGAAAGCGUGAGACAACGCCUUCAAGAACAAUCUGCAUUAAACAAUACAAUUUCUGCCCCUGACAGCUCAGUCAUGCCAUCGCUGACACAGCCUUUAACACCUGUGCUACUGGUUAAUGACAAAAAAAUCGAAAGCUCUACACCUGAGUCUUCCUUGUACAAAAAGGACACUAGCUCUUCCAAUGCUCUUGAUUCUAAUAAAAUCCCCGAGAUUUACAUCUCCGAACCUGUGAAUGGUAGUGAUGAAGGAAGUACAAGCACUUCUGGGAGUGUUCUUUUGCGCCCGCUAAGCAACAGCCCUAAUAAUUCAGGUAUGAUGACUUCUCUGGCAAAAACACCGACCCCAAGCAGUUCUCAGAUUGCGCGCAAAAAGAAGAUGACGAAACAAGAGCAGCGCCAGAUUAUGGAGCAGCACAAGGAGCAGAUUUUGCAAAUGUACUCUUCUGAACUUAGUUUUUUGGAGCUUGUGUUUUUGUUACGUUACAUUUCAAUCACCCAUUAUAUGGAGAACUUUAACAAGGGUCAAAGCACUAAACCCAUGGGGUUAAUCUAUGGAAACAUUCACGGGAAGGGUGAUGAUUCUGCCCUGGGCACCCCAUCUGAUGAUUUGUCUAACGUGACACCCCCUGGAAGCAGCAGUACUAGUAGCAGUACUACUAAUGGAGGCGUAAACAACUUGAGUGUUUCAUCAAUCAAUGGAGCCUCAUCUUUAUCAAUGCGCAAACUGGUACCAACCCCAAUUGGAACUAGUAGUAGCACUGCUUCUAGUACAACCACAGUUACACCUGCGCCUUCACUCAUGCCCUCUGUUUCUAAAAGUAAGUUCCCGGGUCCUCCAGGAGCUGCUGCUGUAGCUGCAGCCACAGCAGCAGGCCACAAACCAGCAGCUACAGCAGUUACAGCAGCCGCGGCAUCAACAACAGGAGUAGCAGGAGUGAUGCCGGCAGCCACAAUGCCCAACAUUUCGAGUGAAACGGCACAUGCCAUGAGUCUCGGACAACCGUUAAUGAUUCCUGCUGCGGUCCAAGAGCGUGAGGCUCGACAACUUGUAGAGGACAUUAUGGAUACAGCAUCGACUGCAUCAAAAGACACAUUACCACGCGUGCGUUCUGCACUCUCUGAGUUUGAGUCUCAAAUGUCAACAGCGCGGCGCACACGUAUCUCUGCCACAUCCACACGACUCGACAACUUACUUGCACAUUCUGACCAAACACUGAAUCGGUUGUCGACGACACUUGCAAUAGAAGUUAAAAAGGUGACGGAACGCAUGGACAAUCUUGAGCGCAGCCUUGGUCCCGGAGGCGGGCUGUUUGGUUGGCUCGGGAUUCUGGGGUCGCCGUACCCGCGCAGGUUUUUGGAGGGUAGUUCAAAGCCUGGCCGUAGUCGACUAAGGCGACGUAAUCGGCGCAGUAACAAGGCAAGUACGAAUGGAAUUGGUACAAGUAUUGGUGUUGGUGACAGUGGUGGGAGUGAGGGAGGGAAAUCCGGGAAAAAACGUGGUAGUAGGAAGAGCAGUAAUAGCAGUGGCAAGAAUGGCAGCAACAGUAGUAGCAGUAGCAGUAGCAGCAUUAUGAACGGUAAAACAAAUGGGAACUUUGGAGUGGAGGAAGAGGAAGACUACGUGGAUGAGGAAGAUGAUGAAGAAGAUGAAGAUGAAGAAGAUGAAGAUGAAGAAGAAGAAGAUGAAGAAGAUGAAGAGGAAGAAGAAGAACUUGAUUUGGCUGGGAGAUCUGCAAGCAAAGCGUUCCGAGUGUUUUCUGGAGGCCCACGUACAAGAAUUGCAACACCAAGUAUGACAACACGGAUCGGGUACGUGAUGCUAGAAUACACGUUGGUAAUGCUCAUGUGGAUCAUUUGGGGGUUUGUUGCCAUUAUGCUGCGUAUUAAAAAAGUGGCUCUUUUUUUCUGGUACAUUUUCCGGUGGUUUUUUUUUUGGUGUUAA